UACAGAUAUCUAUGGGAAGACCAGAAUGUGCAAAGGUCCUGGGGCAGGAACUCUUGGCUUGCCUGCUAUGUUCAGGGGCCAGUAGGGAGGCCAGCCUGGCUGGAGCAGGUGGGGAGGGAACAGGAGGUCAGAAUGGAAGCAAAGAAGAUGUAUUCACCUCUCCAUCCCCAGCACUAAGAGGUGUGCCCAGAAUAUAGUAGGUGUCCAGAAAAAAGUGUGUUGAAUAUUUUAAUGCCAAAGCCAGGGAGUGGUAGAGAAAAUCCUGAAGAGACCGUUUAAGUUUUCUCCUACCUCAGCAGAGUGGGGGGUGUAGAAUAGAAACGAAAUAGGAUUGUUCACUUGUCACAGAACAAAUGUGGGAAUUGUGACCUCACACCCCCUGGGGUGAAUUACAAGCUGCCCAGGGCUGAGGCCAGAGUUUCAUGGGCGACCUCACAAAGUCCAGGGCAGUGCCCAGCCCAUUGCCAAAGUCCCAGUCCACCAUGCUGACCUCCCUGUGGCUGCUGCUCAGCCUCGCUGUCCCAGUGCAAGGGUCCUACUUUUCCGUCAGCUGUCCCAGUCGCCGGCAUUGCCAACGGGCCCUUCUCUCAAACAAUGACAUCAUGCUGCACUGCAAUACCUCUGGGGCACAGUGGCACUUCAUCUUCCUGCAAAACAAGGCCAUCUGGGUGUACAACCCCGCCAGCACGUCCAACAUGGAAACAAUGCCUGAUGGCAGCCUUCUCAUCAGAAACCCAUUGUCCUCGCAGACCGGCUUCUACAGCUGCCGGGACCAGGAGGGCCGGAAGGUGGUGCAGUACGAUAUCGACUUCCAGGAUGUCGAGACCAUGCAUAUCACACACAAAGACCUGGGCCAAAAGCCCCUGCAGAAUGAGACCCUGAGUCUAGGUGGCAAGGAGCUCGUCUUCACCCACUGGGAGCCCUGGCAGGACUGUAACCGCUGUGGGAAGCCAGGUGAGCGCAAACGCCUGGGGUUCUGCUACAUCGAGGAGUCCCUGGAAAAACCCAUGCCCUGCUGGCUCUACCUGGGAGAUAUGAAGCUGUGGUCCCACCGCAUGCGGCCUGAGAUGCAGGUGGAAACCUGCCACGUCCCGUGUACAUCAUUAAGUGAGGAACAUGUCACUUUUGACGACUUCGAGCUCAGUGAGAAUUCAGAAUCUGCUUGGCUCACCUGCCCCUUAGGAUCCAUCUACAGGCCCAUCACCUGGGAAGCCAACAGCAUCCCCCUGACCUGGAAGGGCCAGCUCUCCGGCCAGGAUGUAAACACGGUCCUGGACGCCUCCAACGGCGGCAGUCGGCUGCAGGUGUUCCAGGGGGCCAUUUACGAGUGCUUCCUGCAGCAGGAGCUCACAGCUCGGUUCAACCCCAGGUCCAAGUUGGACGUUCUGGCAUCUCUGAACACAGAGGACCUUCAGCAACAGCCGGGGGUAGAAGAGGCCUGGAAAGGCAAGGCUGACUCCGUCCUCAAGGGGCUGAAGCUGAUGCUGCUGCUGGGCACGGGCCUGGGCCUGCUUGGGGUGCUGUUCAAACUUUUCCAUCCUUCCUGGGGCCGGAGGAGGGACCAGCUGCUGGUGGUGAAAUAAAGCAAGCCCUCGGG